AUGUCAUCAUAUACACCAAUAGGAGAUAAAGAAUUUACAGAGAAUAGAACAAAGGUAGUUGAAUUGUUUCAAGAUUUUACACCUGCCGUAGUAUCUCUACAAGUACAGAAACAAAAAUACACUCAAUUCGAUACAAGACCAAAACCAAUAGCACCAAAGAGAAAGAUUGAUCAUGAUCAACAACAACAAAUAUCAUCAAAUAAUAAUGAAGAAGAAGUAAAAAAGAAACCUGUACAAAGAAUAAACGCAAAAUCAAAAAGUAACCUUUACAACUUUGAUGCUCAAGACAUUAUAUAUGAUCAAUAUCUACCAUUACACGAUCUAUGGACUCAAUAUACAUUUGAUUUACUUAAAGGUCAUAGUCCGAUGGCAUUUCAAACUAUAUUUUUAAGAGCAGAUUUACAUGGAGCAAUCAUAUUGGUUGUUAAAUCAAAAUGUCCAAGUUAUAUAGGACAAUGUGGUAUAGUCUUGCAAGAGACUGAAAAUGUAUUUAAAAUAGUUACCAAAGAUAAUGGUUUGAGACUACAUUAA